AUGGCGUCCACAGCACCCGCGAACACCGCGGUUGCGUUGAACACGCUCGACUGGGUGCUGGUUAUUGUCUAUUUUAGUGCACUGGUUCUGGCAAUCUGGCUUUCGACUCGGAAAAGUUCUCGCGCUGGGUCAGGUACUCAGAGUAAGCCAGCCUCUGAAAUGUUCUUCCUUGCAGGCCGUUCAACGACUUUUUUCGCAGUAGGUGCUUCCCUAUUUAUGUCUAACAUAGGAAGCGAGCACUUUAUUGCUUUAGCAGCUGCAGGGGCGACAUCCGGUCUUGCGGUGGCAUCUUUUGAGUGGAUGGCGUCUAUCUUCGUGGGCGUUGUGCUCGGAAGGGUCUUUGCGCCAUUCUACCUCCGCAACAGCCUGCACACGGUUCCCAAGUUUCUUGAACUGCGAUACGCAGCGGGCGCUCGGCGGUACCAUGCCCUAGCAACGAUCAUGAUGGCUAUUUUGACCAAAGUCAGUGCAACGUUGUACUCUGGGGCGAUCAUUCUGCGGGUGCUGCUCGGUUGGCCUGUAUGGUUUUCUCUGAUCAUGAUCCUAGUAUUGACGACACUCUACACGAGCUUGGGCGGUCUGCGGGCAGUGAUAUGGACUGAAGUUCUGCAAGCGUUCGUUUUACUCGCCGGCGGGCUUGCGCUGGCAGUCAGAAGUCUCCAGGCUGUUGGGAGCCUGGCCGGCCUUUCUGAGCUGCUCGCAGCGCAGAAUCGGCGACAAAUGUUGGAUCUCUUGCAAUGGCCCUCGUCGACGACUCCCUGGGUCGAAUACCCCUGGCCAGGAAUCAUCUUUGGCCUGCCUGCCUUGGAAGUUUUCUACUGGUGCACGGACCAAGUUGUGGUGCAACGCGUCCUCUCCGCGAAAUCGGAAGCGCACGCACGUGGCGGAAGUCUCUUGUGCGGAUUCUUGAAGACGUUGGUACCCUUUAUGAUGGUGAUUCCUGGUUUGUGUGCAUUCCUGUUAUUUCCGGAAGUAGCUGCGAACCCAAAUCAAGCCUAUCCGACGGCAGUGGCACGACUUUUACCCCACGGCCUGCUUGGUUUGAUGGUCAGUGCUAUGCUGGCAGCACUCAUGUCGUCGCUUGCGUCAACCUUUAACAGCACUUCAACCGUAGUUGUGUAUGACUUUGUCAUCGAAUGCUGCGGCUUAAGUCGGCUCUCGGACAAGACGCUUGUAUUGCUGGGUAGAAUCGCGAAUAUCGUAUUGUGUGCCUUCAGUCUCGCCUGGAUUCCGAUCGUGGAAGGCAUGGGCGAGGAGCUCUACUUCUACAUCCAGUCCGUGAUCAGCUACAUCGCUCCACCGAUCGCUGUUGUAUUCGUGGCUGGUAUUGCCUGGCGACGGGCAACUGCGACUGGUGCGCUCUGCACGCUGCUUGUUGGUGGCGCACUCGGGCUGGUGCGCUUCGUUGUCGAGGUCGCGCUGCGUUUGGCGCACCGAGAGGCACCCCUCGGCGCUCUUGGCAAAAUCUUCUUUCAGAGUAACUUUCUGUAUUUCGCAAUUUUCUCCUGGGUUUUCAGCAGUUUGCUUCUAGUCACAGUGAGUCUGUUCACCGAACCGCCAUCGGAGCAGCAGCUAGGGCUGCUCUUCCAAGAGGCAGGUGCGUCAGGCUCGCACGUACGAACCACAGCAGGGAACCAAAUCGGUGAAGCGUCUUCGAAACAGGUUGUAGGAGCGUCACGCUACGUGGCUGACGAGCCGAGCAGCUCCGAUCCGGCUGCUAGGCAGCAGACAGUCGAGCUUGAGAUCGAGUCAUUUUCAGGGACGGAAAACUCAGACGAGGCUUUUUCGGUGGACCCCGAGCAUACGGCGCCGUCUAUGAAGCGGGUAGCCUCGAGAGAUACCCUCCUCGCUGGAGAGGCGGCUAGUCAAGAGCCGCUCUUUAGCCCGCAAGGCGAGUUCUCAGCUGCACAAGAGACGUUUUCGAGCGCUGCGCCAUCGCGCUUAACAUCGGCGGCACUCGACGUGUUAUCCGUGGUUCUUGUGGCAGAAAUACUAGCCUUUUAUAUUCAGUUUCGAUGA